CUCCUACACAUCACUCUCUCCCUCUCUCAUAUACAGACACACAUUUCUCACAGAGAAGAAAUAAUAAUUAAGAUUAUAAAAAUUCAAAAACCCUCGCCAAAGUCUCUCCUCUCUUCUCUCCCCCAAUCUCUCUCUCUCUCUCUCUCUCGCACAGACAGAACAGGCACAGUAGAAACACAGGCGAAGAUGAGCAAUGGAGGAGGCAGAUUCGUGAUUCCGGCCAAGGUGAAGAAAGUGAUCCAGAACAUAAAGGAGAUCUCCGGUAAUCACGACGACGAGGAGGUGUAUUACAUGCUUAAAGAAUGCAACAUGGAUCCUAACGAGACUGCUCAGCAGCUGCUCUCCCAAGAUUCGUUUCGUGAAGUUAGAAGGAAGCGAGACCGGCGGAAAGAGAAUGUGAAGGAGUCAGCAGGAUCAAGGUGGAAACCGGGAAUGCAGGACCAGGGGAGUAGGGGUGAGCGAGGGAACCAUUCUUCUCGUUACAUAACUCACGAUGUUGGGGGGGCUGGUAAGAACUUUGUCUCCAUUAAGGAAAAUGGAACCAGUCAUGUUUCAGUGGAUAAGGUUGCUAUCCCAACACAGUCUAACUCCCAAGAUGUUAAGAACAAGGAAGUUACUCAUGCGAGCUCAAAUGUUGAUGUUGAUGCUUAUGCUGCUGUAACAUCUGAGAGUAAGAGUGUCGGACAUGCUGUCCAUGCUGCGAGUGGAUUUACUGAACUAAACGAUCCACUCCAAAGUAAAUCCACAGCGGAUGAAAACAAUACUUACACCAAGGUUUCCUCAGGUGUUGGAAGUUUAUCCUUCAUGCAUGAAACAAUCUCAAACAUAUCCCCCGUGGUUCACAAGGAUCAGCAUUCAGAAUCUUUUGAAGCUGUAGCUUCUACUCACAGCCAUCCUACUGGUAUUUUACCUUUGAUCGAGUUUGGUGGCCAAUCACCUGUAGUUAUUGGGCCACAGAAAGUAGUGGGGCCUAAUAAGGAGUGGAAACCAAAGCCGAAUCCUAGUCUUCCUGAAGGUGCUGAAUCUGCUGAUACAACUCUUAUGUUGGAGGUUCCAGCCAUUAGAACUGAAUCAGAGGGCCAAGUAGCAAAUCAAGCUACUUUCGGACUGGUAAAGAAGCUGGAGGAGACCUGCAUUUCAGAGAGUCAACAGGUUAUUAUUCCAAAGCAUAUCCAUAUACCUGAGGUUGAAAAACUUGGCUUCAUUUUUGGGAGUUUUGAUGCUAAUUUUGGGUUGAGUACAAGCAACCCUGUUUGUCCUGAAAAUGAGAAGAGUUCACCUAUCCCUGAAACACCUGAAGGGAUGGAAGAAAAUGUGGACCAGAAAAGCAAUCACGAUGAAUUGACCUCUGUUGAAGAGGAAGAUAAUUAUCCAGCACCGCCUGAAGUAUCUGGAAGUCUGAUAUCUGACGCUCAUGAUGUUUCAUCUAGGGUGGUCACGGAGUAUAGUGAAUCCAAGCAAGAAACUGACUUGCCUCCUGGUUAUCAACAAUACUCAACAGUACAUGCUUAUCCUAACUUCGGGUUUGGUAUCAUGCCCCCAAUUUUUGGUAGCCAGGUUUUACCCACCGAGAGCAACAAGUCUCAAGCACACGAUGCUCCUCGCCUUCCAGGUUUUGUUGUGCAGCAACCUUAUGACCUCAACAGCUAUUAUGCUCAAUUCUAUCGAUCUGGUGUGGAUAAUGAGGGUCGUCUUUCAUCGUUUUAUGAACCUGGAGUUCCGACUAAAGUUAAUGGAAAUGUGACAAUGGCACCAGCAGAAACUUUUCAGUCCACUCAAGAGGGUGGGGACACUUCAAUACAUCCUACAACAGCUUCAACUCCUCCUGUGACUCAUGCUGCCGGGGCUGUUCCAAGUUCAGUAGCUGCAACACAGCAAGCAAUUCCUGUUUUUGGACAGCCAGCUGGGUUGCAUUUGCCCCAUUAUCCCAACUAUAUCCCAUAUCACUACAUCCCUUUUUAUGUCCCACCUCAAGCUCUCCACCAUUAUUUAAGUACUGGUGUUUUGCCACCUCCACAACCUCAAGCGGGCAGUGGGCAUCCGGCGCCAGUUCCGGCUAAUAAAUUUCCCCUUCCCCAAUAUAAACCUGGAACAACUACUGCGAACACUAAUAACGUGGCAGCACCUGGCAGUUAUGGAUCAUAUGGUUCUACCCCUGCUAGUUUUAGUGCCAGCUCAGCAACUACAACUGGACAUUCAAGUUCUAGUGAGGAUCUUCUAGCGCCCCAGUUAAAGGAAAAUAAUCUCUUCAUUGCUGGGCAGCAGAGUGAAGGUCCAGGCUUAUGGUUUGCUGCUCCUGGUAGGGAUAUCUCUGGCCUGCAGGCAAAUUCCUUCUACAAUCUUCCUCAAGCUCAGAUGGCAUUCCCUGCAACUCAGGUUAGUCAUGGAAACUUUGCUGGCAUGUAUCACCCUGCACAACCAGUAACAGGAGCUGCCGUUCACCCACUUCUGCAGCAAUCCCAGGCAAUGGCUGGACCUAUUGACCUCAAUGGACCUGCACCAAGUGUUUACCAGCCAACCCAGCCUGCACCAAUCAAUUGGCCGAAAAACUAUUGAAAUAUGAGUUUUUAGUUUUGUGAAACGGCAGCAAUACAAGUAAAUGAAAGCCCAUUCUUGGAUUCAGGACGAUAUUUUGAGAAGUUAGUUGAAGAGAAUUCAAGAUAAUACAACAUUAGCUAAAACCUGGUGUAAAUUUGUAGAGGCUGAUAUUGGUCAACAGUGUUUUAAUGGUCCAUGGGCUUAGAAUAUAGAGGGUAACAUCUCCUUUUUCGGUUUUUGCUGAAAGCCUUGUAGGGAUUUGGGAAAAUCAUAUAGGAGCUAGGUCUAUUUUGUACCCCCUUUGAGCAUUUAUCUGUAAAGUGAUCUUCUGUUAUUAAUAUAUUCUAAAUAGCCAGAGGAACAAGAGGGGUUGUAACGAUCUUUUGUACACUGGCCACGAUGGAAGUAAAAUAUGCAGGGAUGGUAGAUUCAGGUAAACGCUUUACACGCAAA